AUGGAGGGUUACCGUAGAUGCAACAACUAUGGCAAGGAGGGCCACUUUGGGAAGGAUUGUCCCACUCUUGCUAGGACUACGGCACGCCCUCCGGUUCAGGCUUCCCACCAGCAUCAGCGGAGAGACAGAGGCAACAGGCCUCAGGCGAUGGGCCAAGUUUAUGCUAUGACAGGAGCAGAAGCUACAGGUUCAGGUAACCUCUGUGAACUUGUGAUAUCUACUCUGGCAUCGGGUUUGGUCAGGACGUCGUCCUUGUGUGCUAGGUGUCCUGUGGAGGUGGAGGGACGCAGAUAUAAGGUGAAUCUGAUAUGUCUGCCUCUCCAAGAGCUAGAAGUAAUCAUAGGGAUGGAUUGGCUCUCUACCAACCGCAUCCUUAUAGACUGCCGGGAGAAGAGGUUGUUGUUUCCCGAUUCAGAGGAGCUUGAGUUGGUGUCGCCUCAGAGGGUGGUGAGGGAGAUUCAGAGUGGCGUGCAAUGCUUCAUAAUCUUCGCCCGUAUGGAAGUGGGGGAGAGAGAGACCAUUAGUUAUACCUAUGGCACAUGA